AUGUGUUGGAGAAGUAACUGGAUAAUAGUCGGGCCAUGUGGGCAGAGCGCUCAUCGACGGCUACAGCAGAUAUCUCGAAACAGAAGAAGAAACCGAAGAGACGGCAGAAGAAAAGGAGGCAGAGCGUCGUUCGUGUAUCGCAAUGAAGCUCUCCAGCCGAUCGCGUCGCCCCGGAGCCGGAGGAGCGAAAGAGAAAGAGGCGUGCAGAGAGGCAUCUUCGUCGAGGCGGGCAGGCUGAGCGCGUCGAUUGAUUCAAUCGGUACGCGCCACAACGGCACAAGAGACGACACCGAAUUCGACCCCCGCCCCCACCCCCGCCGGCGACCGCAUUCCAACCAGCGUUGCCAACUACAAACAGUUUACAGAUUCAUUAGUAAUAUGCCACAAACUCCCGGCCACGCCGAGAGAUUAUCUGCGGCUCUGCGGAUGGGAGAGGAUGCUGGGAGGAGCGGCAACGCCGCCUCGGAAAAUCGAGUCAAGUGCGAUGCGAUUCGAUGGAUCGAGAAAAGAAAGACCCCGACGAGUCCUUCGGAUGCGACUACGCCGCGGUCUGGCCCAGCAGAACGCGUACGUAGGUCCGGUCUGCUGGAACAACCGGAGCAACAGACGGACCGAAGACCGUACCGGAGCGCACCGCACCGCACCGGAGUAGCGUAUCAUUCCGAGCGUCAUCCGAGUGGAACGAUUGUAUGUAUACGUACACACAACCACAACACACUGGCAGUCACGCCUGACACGGUCACUUAUGGAGGUUAUGCCAUCGUCGUCACCAUCAUCAUCACCACUUACUUACCAUUUAUUCAACACUUUCGACUGGCAGAGGCGCGCGUUCUGGAAGUUAGCUCGUUUACUUUGCGACUACUCUUAGAAAUAACUGUAUAA